ACCUUUGCACACCUAAACCUCUAAACACUUCCUGCUGGGAUCUGUCCUGAGUGAAGGACCCGCAUUGUAAGGACACGCUAACAAUGCAGAGACUGCCACCUGCUGUAGUUUGAUCGGCAGACAGAGACGGAUUGCCUCACAGACCAUCAAAGAGAGAUGCCAGAAAGGACGUGUGACUGAGACCGGUCGUCCGCUGCCUGGAGAGCUGUCAGUUUGUUUUCAACCUGCUGUUUUCCACUUGUCAGCCUCUCAGAGGGUGGAGCGAACAGCUGAAUGUCAGCAGCUUGUGGAGCAUGGGUACAACUGCCAGCGCUGCCCCACAGCCUGUUUAUGUAGAGUCGUCGACUGACAACGUCCAAGCCAACGGGAUGGCCCAUAGCAGCAUGAGUCCAUUCCACAUGAUCAACAUCCACAACAGCAAAGCCAAGUCCAUUAUCACCAACAAGGUUGCACCGGUCGUCAUCACCUAUAACUGCAGACAAGAGUUUCAAAUUCAUGACAACUUCCUUAAAGAAGGCUACAAGGUUGGUCGGAUAUCGGACUCCUUGCCUGAGCAUUACUUGGUUAAGGGUGAAUACUUCAUGGUGCAGGAUGUAUACAGCAAAGCAGAUGUUCUAAACACAACAAGCAGUUAUGGAGCCCCCAACUUCCGCCAGGUGAAGGGAGCCUACCCGCUGUAUGGAAUGGGUCAGCCAACCUUGAAUGGCUUCAAACAGGUUCUCCAGAGACUUCAAGCCCAAGGACAGCAGGAGAUUAUCUUCUUCUGCAUACGAGAGGAGCCAGUGGUGUUCCUUCAUAAGGACAAUGACUUUGUGCCGUACACCCCGCGUAGGAAAGAAAAUCUGCAUGAGAACCUUCAAGGACUGGAAGGAGAGGAAACAGUAGAAAGCCUCGAGCUGACUAUCAGAAAUGAGCUCCAUGACUUUGCAAAGCUCAGCAAAAACAUCUUAUAUGUCUACAACGACAUUGAGUUCUUCAAAGAUGAGCCGCAGAAGAUGUUCAUAACGUGUGAGGAGGACAUCCACGUGACGGAGGAGGUCUAUAAGAGGCCAAUGUUCACCAUGCAAGGCUACAGGUACUUCAGAUUACCACUACCAAUGGAGGGAGCGCCAUUGGAAGAAGAUUUUGAUGCAUUUGUUAAAAUACUCAGGGAGAGUCCCAGCCUGUGUCUGGGCCGCAAUGCGUCCAGACUGCCGCCUACCCUGGUCUUCAGCUGCCAGGUGGGCGUCGGCCGCACCAACCUAGCCAUGAUUCUGGGCACUUUAGUCAUGAAAAGACUCAAAGGGGAGUCACAACCGCCACCACAACUUGUGGCGGCAGGUACUUCAAAGCCAAGACCACUAUUCCAAGUUAUCCAGAGUCUGAUCAAAAAGUUGCCUAAUGGACAGCAGCUUAUGGAGGAGGUGGACCACGCUAUUACCUUGUGCUCAGAGAUGCACAACAUUAAAGAAGCAAUAUAUGAGAAUGCAAGUAAAUUGGAAGGGAUUGGAGAAGAUUACCAGACUCAAGGAAGCACUACCAAAGAGUACUUUCUCAACAGAACAAAGCAGAGCUUGGAGCGCUACUUCUACUUGAUUGUAUUUAAUGCUUACCUUCAUGAACAGUAUCCCCUUGCCUUUGUGUCCAACUUCAGUCAGUGGAUGUGCCGCCACGCCUGGUUGUACAGGUUGCUGGCCUGCAUGGACGUGUCAGAGCUAUCUGCUCCUGCCGAGCUGCUCACCAAAGGAGCCCGCGUCCUGGUUGCUGAUGACUACUUGGCCCCCGACGUGCUCAGCACAAUCAAAGAGAUGAAGGUGGCCAACUUCAGACGAGUACCCAAGAUGCCUGUUUAUGGAGUGGCUCAGCCGACGUCAGAGGCCAUCGGAGCAGUUCUCGCCCACCUGACGGAUAAGAAGAGGAAGCACAACCACGUUUUGUGGAUCAACGUGCAGGAGGAAUUGGUGCUCGAAGGAAAUGGACAAAUCAUUGUUCCCAGGGAACCCUCUUGUCUGGACCAGCACAUCCCCGUCCCAACGAGUGACUCGCAGUUGCUACAGAAAUUGGAAACCUCACUGAAGGAAGAGAUUCUGCGAGCUCAGAAGUGGCUGGAGGUGACUCAGGAGCAGGAGAAACAGAUGAAGAUGUUUAAAACCUGCCUGACCAUUCAGGAGAUCUUCAACCAGCACAAACGCUCCCACCCAGGCCUCAUGUAUAAACGAAUCCCUCUGCCAGCAUGCAGCUCACCACGGGAAGAAGAUUUUGAUAAGCUCCAUGAGGCCAUGAGGAAUGCGUUAGCUGAUGAUCCCCACUCAGCUUUUGUCUUUAAUUGCGCCAACGGCAAAAGCAGGACUACAACCGCCAUGGUUGUUGCUGUGCUCAUUCUCUGGCAUUUUAAGGGUUUCCCAGAGUGCACAGAAGAUGAUUUUGUCAGUGUUCCUGAUGCCAAGUACACAAAGGGAGAGUUUGAGGCUGUUAUGCGAGUGGUUCGUCUUCUCCCCGACGGCCACAAGAGGAAGAAAGAGGUAGACCUGGCACUGGAUUCUAUCAGUGAGACCAUGACCCCCAUGCACUAUCAUCUGAGAGAGAUGAUCAUCUCCACUUACAGACAGAUCAAACCUGAGAAGACAGAAAAGGAGUGUAAGCAGCAGCUGCUCAUUAGCCUGCAGUUCCUGGAGCGUUACAUUUACCUCAUCCUCUUUAACACCUACCUGCAUCUGGAGAAGAGGGACUCCUGGCAUCGCUCCUUCUCUGUCUGGAUGGAACAGGUGGCUGCCAGGGCUGGAAUUUAUGACAUCCUCAACCAGCUGGGUUUCUCAGAGUUCGAAGACCCAGGGGAGAAGACGCUGGCCAGGCUGCGCUACCGCUGGCAGCAGCAGGACAUUCAGGCACUUCCUUUCCGAGGGGAAUUCAUCUGAAGGAUGAUUCCUCUGAAUGCACCGCUUUCACAAUGAGAGACACUUACAAUAACCUUGUUAUGCCUUUACAAUUAACCCCUGUGUCGUGAACGACAUCAGGUCUUAUUUCGGUUGUUUUAUUGUUGAUCAUCCUAACAGCUCCCGUUAGCCUUUUCUUUUAUUUUAUGAUCUUCUCCUUUAGGUGCCUUCUUUAAAUCAAUAGUUAACUAAUAUUACUUUUUUUUUUCUUAUUGCAGAUUGUUUUAGUCCUAUUUCUGCAUCUGAACUUUUGCAUCUCCUUUGGGGAAAAAAGAAAAAAAUGUUUUGAAGGAGAGAAAUAAAUUCCACUGUGUGAGCUAACAAUUAUGGCUGCAAUGUCACAACUGUUUGCUGUUGUGUGACUUGAUUUUUUUUUUUCAAGCAUUGUCCUUUUUUGAAUUAAAAAAAAAGUUUUUGUUUUUUUUUAAUUCAUGGUGUACAUAUGAUGGCAGUUAUUUAAGUUUUAAUGCAUCCAUGAGCUUAUCUAAGAUUAAAUGGUUUUUAACCGUUUCACAUUAUUAUUUUUUUCACCUUUAUAAUUGCCACAUUCUGUCCAUUCAUUGUAUCUGGAUUGUUUUUCUGGGGGUUUUUUUUUCUUCUUCUCACCAUUAUAUUAUAAGUGUCCAGAUAUAGGUACUGACAUGUCAAGAAUUUUUAUGUUAGAUUGACUUUGAAGGUGUUUAUGUCUUUCAAACGUUAGAGAGGUGUUGUUGACGUUUUUACAGCAGUCUUUCAAUUAAAUUUUCUUGAGACAUUC